GAAGGCGAUUAGAAAAGCUGUCUAAAAUAAGCUGUAUCUGUCGACCAGAUCCCGUCUACACCCGAAACGUACACAGACUGUCGACCACCAUGGAGACGGGUAGGGAGAGGACCACCAGCUUCUCCGAGAAACACGAAAUCUACCUCAUUGGCGAACAGUUAAGGACAGAGAUGCACUCUUCCAUGUUGAUCAGAGAUCGGCGGUAUCACCUCCGGAACUACCGACAGUGCUUUGCCGGAAACGAAAUAGUGGAUUGGCUUGUUCGAUGUAAACACUGCUCGUCUAGGAGCGCUUCAAUAUCGGGCAUGCGCAUUCUUCAGAAGUAUGGAAUUUUUCAUCAUGUUUGCGAUGAUCACAAAUUCAAAGACGACCUGUUGUUCUACAGGUUUAGACGUGACGACGACACGUCAGCCGACAAAGAUCUAACGCUUUUCUACACUGGCAUCAGGAUAUACCACAAAAUGACGAAAAAGAAAGGCCUGGCCCGGGACUUUAUUCAGGGCGGCCAGACAUACCACAACGCCUUUAUUGGGUCAAAGUUUACGGACUGGUUGACUGGUCAGAAAGAGGCUGUUACACGAGAGGACGCAAUCUACCUUGGCCGUCAGCUACUGGAAAACAAUAUUAUACGACACGUGACAGACGACCAUCACUUCAGGAACUCCGAAUCUCUCCUUUACCAAUUCUCUAUAGACUUCGCACGGCGGCGUAUUCUGGCUGAUGUCUUUAAAUUAUCAACCGAAACGACGCAAGUCAGAUUGUCUUUCUCCUCUACAGACUCGCAGGAGGAACAUACACUUCCAAGAUUCGUAACGAAUACAGAGGAUAGGGACUAUGGCUAUCCUGGUUCACUAGAUCAGAGUGGGUCCUGGUCGUCAGAACACGAACACAGCAACGACAACGGGGAGGCCAACGCGCCCAAAUCAGUGAUGUUGCGCCAAGCGACUGCGGACGAACUAGAAUCACCUGAUACCCCUUACGUAAAGCAAAGAAUGAGGAUAAUCAGUGACUCAGUUGGAUACGGAGUCGUGUUACGAGGUGAAGGGCCUACUUACGUCCAGACUGUGGACCCCACCGGGCCAGCCGCCUUGGCAGGACUAAAGGUGCGACAGUAUGUUUAUGCGGUGAAUGGUGUGAAUGUGUUAAGGAAGAAUCACAAGGAUGUGGGACAAACUAUCAUGUCAAAUGAAAACGUUCUUGAUAUCACUGUUUUGACGCACAAACGUGACGCCAUAAAUACAUGAAAAACGUCAUGAGUGACGUCACGAGAAAGUCUAACCAAAACAUCGGUUCUUCACCUGCAAAACACCUGCAGAAGAAAAGUCAUCUAAGGUGGCAGGAAAACAUCCAUGAUAUCACAGUCUUCACCAGAAUGACGUUGUCAACGCCUGGGGCACGUCUAAUUAGCAAGACACGAUAGCAUCUUCGAUAAACACAGUAUCGUCGUGUCGUAGGUUCGAAGGCUGUGAUGAGGUUUCCCUGAGCAGGGGGUUGAACUCUGUGCUGUGGUCUUCGAGUGAUGUGACGAGGGGUUAAACUCUGUGCUGUGGUGUUCGAGUGAUGUGGUACUGUUAAUGAGCCGUUGGAAAUACGGACCCAUAAAAAGUAGAACAUAGAUACAGUCUCCAGCACAUACACACGCGCACACACACACACACAUAAAGAAGUACCAAAUAGGAUCAUGUGGUAAGAUGCCAUUGCGUAAGGCUGCUCUCACUGUAAUGAUGUUGUGGGAAUAUAUGUGUUUGAUAACAUAAGUGAUCUUCGACAUCAGCUGUAAUUAACUUUAUGUGUAGAACGUCGUUAUUAAAAUACAAGGCGAUUGAUAUGGGGAAAAUAAAACACGUAUAUCAAUAUAUUUGGGUAGGUUUGUCUUGCAAACCGAUAUAAGCUACUUUUUUCGGAAUAUGGUUUAUCCAAAAAUUAAGAUGGUAUAUAGCCGUAUGAAAUAUCGUUUUUAGAUGAAGCGAUAAAAUUACCUUCAACACCGAACGUAGCAGUUGUUUGUUUUUGGGCACGACACAAAUGUAGUGUAUAAACACAACAUGAUCUCUCUAUUCUCUACUGUAAAACUGUAUAAGAUGAUACAUUUCAAGAACAAACACCGCACCUAUCUAUUGCGGUUUGUGAUGCGACACAAUAUGAC